UGAAAGCAAUAUGUCUGCUUCCACGGAAAAGUGCACAUGCAAAUACGAUUCGUGCAGUAGUAGUAGUUUAACGCGAAACUUGGGAAGUGACAUUAUGCUGUGUGCGCUGUAACCUCUCGUUACUCUCGUUCUGCGUAAAAGUUAAACGCGACAAUGCGUGUUCUCAGACCGUUGCUACCUCUCGCAAAGCUUGGAAAGCAAGUCUUUGCUCCCGCUCGACACUUCAGGGAAGGUACUCAUCGCCUGUUCGACCUCGACGUCGAAUUCUACGCGGACGUCGCGAACCACGACCUUAUCACGAAGAACCUCACGAGGAGGGGAUGCGUGGCGGACUUGGACGAAAUCAGAGACCUCUGGGAACAGCUGAAAGGCAGGCACAGAAGCGAACAAAUGCGAAUCGAUCUCUCGCGGGCCAUCGCAAGGCUGCCCAACAUGACACACCCCGAAGUGCUAGAAAGGGAAGGCGACGAACCAGUCGUCGUGGAUGUCAUUGGCGAAAAACGGCAAAUGGACUUCGUUCCCAGGCGCUUUGAAUAUCUCAUGUCGAGAUUGGGCUUGCUACAGGCAGAUCCGAACUACAACGUCAUGUACGGUGAGCGUGCUUAUUUCUUCCGUGGCGACCUGGCCCGUAUGGAAGAAGCGCUCAUCAAUUUCACCGUAGACAAGCUCUUAAGUAAGGGCUUCACUCCAGUGUACGUGCCGGAUUUACUGCAUCCGGAACACAUUGAAGCGUGCGGCAUGCGUACGACUGGAGUUCGGAACCAGGUGUAUCGGCUCAGGACUAACUGGGGCACCGAGGUGUGCCUCGCUGGAACGGCGGAGAUGGGUUUGGCCAACAUGUACCGCGACCGUUGCCUAGAUAUGUCUGAGCUGCCGCAGCGCCUGAUGGCAGUCAGCCGCUGCUAUCGGGCUGAAAUUUCGUCGACAAAGGAAGAGAAAGGCAUCUACCGGGUCCACCAGUUCAACAAGGUGGAAAUGUUUGGCUUUGCACCACCGGGCCAGAGCGCUGUCUUGCGGAAGGAGUUUGUCGAGAUUCAGAAGGAGAUAUGCCGAGAUCUCAAACUCCACGUUCAGCUUUUAGACAUGCCACCCAUCGAUCUUGGGCUGCCGGCCUACCGCAAGUUAGACAUGGAAGCCUGGAUGCCAGGCAUGUCGAAGGUAUGGCGAGAUCAGCAGUGCUUCAGGACUGCACCUGAUUACCAGAGCCGCAGGCUAGGCAUCACAUGUCGGCAAACAUUGGAAGGGCCACCGUCUUAUGUGUUCACCACCAAUGGCACGGCGCUUGCAGUUCCGAGAAUGCUCAUAGCCAUUGUCGAGAACUACCAGCAAAAGGACAAUUCAGUGGUCAUCCCCGAUGUAUUAAGAAAGUACAUGGAUGACAAAGCCCUCAUGGAACAGUGUGGCACGGAACGGACACCACGAUCAGUGCCAUUUUAUUUCAUGGAGAACAGGUAACAUUGAGGUCUGUCUUUGAAGCAGAGUUGAGUUGGUGACUUCAGUUUACUGCUCUAGAUGGGUAAUUUGAACACGUUGUGUGGUAAUAGAAGAAAAAAGACUGGUUAACAAAACUUGUGGAUGUGAAUAUUUGUGGCACAGUUAUUCAAUAGGUCUCUUCUUUUUGCAGUGUGUAUUCGACAGUGAUGUUCAUGAAAAUUGUGUACCAUUUUCAUUCACACUGAAUGGUUGUUAUUGAAAUCGGUGUUGAACAUCUAGCGACUUUAUUUUUAAAUGGUCUGAGAGUCAUUGAGGGAAACAGCACAUUGAAUGCAUGCUCCUACCAAGCAUAAUAAGUAUGCAGGGACCAUUUGGAAGCUAUCUCAGAAUUGUUUCCAAUGUGUGCAUGUACAAGUUGUUCCAAGUUUAUGAAAGUACUCCGUGAGUGAGCCUAUAAUCUUGUUGCUAUAGAACUGGUAAAUAAAGUGUUCAUGUUCAAGGC